UGCUCUGCAGAGUUUCGGUCACGGGGUGAGGGAGGGGGGUGAAUCCGCAGGCCUCCGCUCACCACGCCUCGGCAACGGUAAGUUCGUCAGCCAUAUUGACUGUCUGCGCCUCCUCUCCGGUCGCGGGAGCCUGGCGGAGGAGUCUCCACCGCCGCCGCCGCCGCCGAAGCCCGUGUCGCCGUGCGCACUCCGCACGCACCGUGUCCGGCGAGCAGCGCGGAGGACGGGGAGGUGAAACGCUCUAUUUUUACUCGCUGUGGAUAUAUAAAGCACUGCUGCCAGCUGGAGGAGGGGGGGUGACAGUCGGACACAUCCUCGGCGCAGCCAGGCGUUGGAGGCAGGUUGAAACGCCGCUUGGUCAGAGGGCGGUGCGGCUUGAAUUUUGGCUCCGGCUCCGGGAACUCUUACCGGCUUCGUGCACAUUUCCGGACGGGAGGACGGGCGCUGGUGCCCCGCAGAGAAGCAGGAAGACGGAGGACGACUUUUUUCUGAUUUCUCAGAAGCGGGGGACGGGCGGAGAGAGGAGAAAGAUGCCCAAACCGAUCAAUGUGCGCGUCACCACCAUGGACGCUGAGCUGGAGUUUGCCAUCCAGCCCAACACGACAGGCAAACAGCUCUUUGACCAGGUGGUGAAGACAGUGGGUUUAAGGGAGGUGUGGUUCUUCGGCUUGCAGUACACAGACAGUAAAGGCUACGUGACCUGGCUCAAACUCAACAAGAAGGUGACCCAGCAGGAUGUGAAGAAGGAGAAUCCGCUGCAGUUCAAGUUCAGAGCAAAGUUCUUCCCCGAGGAUGUUUCUGAGGAGCUCAUCCAGGAGAUCACACAGAAGCUCUUCUUCCUGCAGGUGAAGGAGGCCAUUCUGAAUGAUGAGAACUACUGUCCCCCGGAGACGGCCGUGCUGCUGGCCUCCUACGCUGUCCAGGCCAAGUACGGAGAUUACAGCAAAGAUAUUCACAAGGCUGGCUACCUGGCCUCCGACCGGCUACUGCCACAAAGAGUUCUGGAGCAACACAAGCUGACAAAGGAACAGUGGGAGGACAGAAUACAGACCUGGCAUGAGGAACACAGAAGCAUGCUCAGGGAGGAUGCAAUGAUGGAGUACCUAAAGAUUGCUCAGGACCUGGAGAUGUACGGUGUCAACUACUUUGAAAUCAAAAACAAGAAAGGCACAGAGCUGUGGCUUGGGGUCGAUGCCCUGGGGCUCAACAUCUAUGAGCAUGAGGACAAGUUGUCACCAAAGAUCGGCUUCCCCUGGAGCGAAAUCAGAAACAUCUCCUUCAACGACAAGAAGUUUGUCAUCAAGCCCAUCGACAAGAAAGCUCCAGAUUUCGUGUUCUACGCCCCUCGGUUGCGGAUCAACAAACGCAUCCUGGCGCUAUGCAUGGGAAACCAUGAGCUGUACAUGAGGAGGAGGAAGCCCGACACCAUCGAGGUGCAGCAGAUGAAGGCUCAGGCCAGGGAGGAAAAGCACCACAAACAGAUGGAGAGAGCGCAGCUGGAGAACGAGAAGAAGAAGCGCGAGCAUGCGGAGAAGGAAAAGGAGCGGAUAGAGCGAGAGAAGGAUGAGCUGAUCGAGAGGCUGAGGCAGAUCGAAGGGCAGACGCAGAGAGCUCAGAAAGAGCUGGAGGAGCAGACUCGCAAAGCGCUGGAGCUGGAACAGGAGAGGAAGCGAGCGAAGGAGGAGGCAGAGCGUUUGGAGCGGGAGAGGCAGGCGGCGGAGGAGGCCAAGGCAUCGCUGGCCCAGCAGGCUGCAGACCAGAUGAAGAACCAAGAACAGCUGGCUGCUGAGUUAGCGGAGUUCACUGCCAAAAUUGCUCUGCUUGAGGAGGCCAAGAGGAAAAAAGAAGAGGAAGCAACAGAAUGGCAACACAAAGUAGCGUUACGGCCAUAUAUGAGUGUGUCUGUGUGUGUGUGUGUGUGUGUGUGUGUGUGUGUGUGUGUGUGUGUGUGUGUGUGUGUGUGUGUGUGUGUGUGUGUCUGUGUGUCAGGUUCAUGUAUGUUUGGGCCCAUUAUUCUCUGCUUUUAUUUUGAAAUACAUAAUCUAGAAAAUUCAGUUUUAAUCUUAAAAAAAAACAAUUUAUUGGAUUAUAAAAAUUUGAAAAAAUUAAAAAAAAAAAAGACUAAAAAAUCUGGGUAAAAAUUUGGCCAGGAGCUCAUUUAACACACAUGGGCGAGUGUCCUGGGUAGGAAGCGGGUGUGGGAUCACGUCACCGCACUGGCGACUCCCUCUGACUGGUCGUGGUGCCUGCAUAUUGAAAAUGCAACGGGGAUGUUACCUUGACACACCCUCAGUUAGCAGUGAUGCACUGCAGGGCAGGGGAAACGGGCAACAUGCGCGUUUCCUUUCCAUUGUUCACUUCCACUUUCUGUUACCCAUGGGCUGAGCUGUCCUCACCAGCAGAGGACCCUGUUAACUGUAGCUUACAUGGAGCAGUGUCCUCUGGCAGUGGGAAGCAAUGUUUUGAUGAAAAAUCUAAACUAAUGAAUAAAAAAAACAACUGUAAACAAAAAUAUACUAUUAAAAAAUACGAUUACAAUGGCAGGAAACUCUUCUAAUUAUAAUAUAUACUAGACACAGUGUGUACACACUGAUGUCUUUAUCCGUACAGAGGAACCAAGUUUAGAGUUAAAAUUGUAAAAUGUUUCUAGUACAAAGAGACAUUAAGGUGAAUUUGUUUUCCGUCACCUGACAAAUAACCAAAGCAUGGAGCAGUGAGGAAUAAAAAUCUGAAUGAUACAAAAUAUCAUAUGUAUACAGAGACAGGUGGUAGUACAGAUAGGUUUGAUAGAAGUUGUUCACCUCAGUUAAACUAAAUUUCAAGAAAAAAUGAUUCACUCAAUUUUAUUCUUUAGUUUAAAGAGCUCUCAGCCGGUCUAGACCAGGAUCCGUCCAUGUUUUUCUGUCUUAGUGCCUGCAAAGAGUCAGGGUCUGCAUGCAUAUGUGUUCUUUCCAG